UGAUUCUAGGAUUCAGAACGUUGUUCAAUCCAUACUGUAGAUCUGCUUCGAGUCUCCAUCAUUUGACUGAUGAUUUUCCUAUGAUGACUCGCGCUCACUCCCUGUCGGUCAGAGCGCUGAUAAUCGCCACUACUACUACUAGUAUACGCGUGGCCUCCUGCGUGUCUAUCCAUGUACCGAAUAUUGUGGUGACUUGCUUUUCAUCUUUAAGCAUUUGGUGGCUCCGAGACGUAACUUUGCUGCCGAACUUCUCCAUGAGCCUUUUACUCAGUCGAGCAAACGCGCGCGCGCUAUCUCGAAUUCCUCGCGUGCCAAACUCUCCGAGACAGACCAGACUGAAUUGCAGUUGUCCUGUUGUCUCGUCCCUAUUCCAACCCGACAGUUUUGGUUAGUCCGUCGAGAAUCUAGGUUGGCACGUACACAUCUCAGGAGUAUACCUUAUGUUUCUGAGACGAUCCGCACGAGGCGUGAAGGUGAAUUCUAUUUCAUGGACUGACUAUCACAUAAAAAGGAGGUUUCGGCGCAAUGACUGGG